AGACAACCAGGUGAUAAGUGGCUCAAAGACCCUACAACUAACUGUACUUGUACUGAGCACAGUUCAGUCUUGUGCCAGAAACUAAAUGAGUCUGUGUGCAUGGAUAUCAGCGGAAACUUGAGAAAGAAUAGGGAGGCGUGGAUGAACAGUUCCUGUGUGGCUUGUGAGUGCGUCAACGGCACUAUAAACUGUACUAGAUAUGACGUCAACGUCACUUAUGGAUUGUAUAGUAUAGAGCUGUUACCCACCUGUGAACAAUGUGCAGUUCCAUUGAGAACACAAGAGCCCUACAGUACUUGCAAAGUCUACCUUGAACUUUCCGAAAACGGAAAAAUGACCGAGUGUGCAAGUGGGGGAUUGUAUAUCCGGGACAUUCACCGAUGUAACGGGAUCGCUGAAUGCCCGGAUGAAUCAGAUGAAAACGGCUGCGAAGAUGGUAUGCUUCCUCAGUUUUCGCACUAUGUUGCUUUUCUGCUACACUAAAUAAUACUCAAUCAAC